AUGGCGACCGCCAGGCUAUCGCCAACGGCGAAUCUUCUGCGGAAAUCCCGGUUGUUUGCUCUCCCACAGGCAUUGCCGUCCAUUCAAGAGCCGCCAUCAUCCAAGGCAGUCUUUGAAUCAGAAACCGCAACACUGCCUCGCCCCAUCCGAGCCUCGAUCGUAACACCCCAGAAAUCAUUAGCCAGAGGCGAUUGGGGUUUGAAGCGACCUCUUCCGGCAAAGUCAACAUCGGAGAAAUCAUCGAGACCGGUCGUUCGCAUUCACGCCCUGGAUACUUACGAACAUGUCACCGACUUCGAGUCCGCUGCCGAUCAUACCAUGACCCUAGAGAAGUUCCAAGAGCUGCACAUGCCCAUGUCACUUCCCUCGAAGGUCAAUUACGCGACAAGCAUUGUUCCCCGCCACCAGAGUCCGUUCGAGACGCACGUCGAUAACACCGAGACCAGUGCAGGCCUCGGAGAGCCGGGAGCUAAACAAUAUCGACACACUGGUCCCUGGCUUGCAGGUCUGACUGAGGCCGAAUUUGUGAAUUAUCUGAAUGAGGUGCGGCGCAUGAAGCCGGAAUUGCUGCAAAAGCUGCGUGAACGCUUUGUGGCCAAGCGCUCUGCAGAGGAUAGGAAACAAGCCCAGGACAGCGGGAAAGAUCUGGAGACCCUCGAACCUACCAAGGUUACUGACGAGGAGUUCAAUGCGUACAUCAAGUCCUUGCGGGCAGACCCUUUUGCCCUCGGUCCCGUCGUCUUUGAAUUGCUGGACCUCCCGUCACCCCCCGCUGUUCCCAGCGAACGCAUUGGCCGAAAAUACUACCAACCCCCGGAACCAAGCUUUCCGCACCUGAAUACGCUGUUUCAGGUCCCCCGAAGACACACCCUUCUGCCGGCCUAUCAACGCCCUGUUGAAGCCCGUAUAUUGCGCCCGAAGGGAAGAUUCCGUGGACGCAUGUCUCGCGCUAUCGCUGGUAUUGGUGGUAUUGCCGUGGAGGACCUGAAUGCCAUGACUUUCAUUGACCAGGGCUCUCCUCCUGGACUUACCUUUUUCGAUGCUACCAUUCCUGGAGGUGCCAAAUACUGGGUUACUCCCAUCCGUGCUGCCGUUGAUUCAGAGGGCAGAAUUGGCCUUUCGAGCUACCGUGCGGGUGCUGCUGCCAAGGCACCUUACGGAAUUGAAGACUAUAAGAAGGAAGGCCGCUCGAGCAUCACUGAUGCAGCCCACCGCCACGCCAACAUGGUUCCCCGACUAGACCGACCCCGCUUCAAUGUUCGACGUGGCGGCCCGGUGCAGGGUACUCCCCGUCAGCCUCUGAAGGGUACGGAAGACAUUGCCCGUCUUCUCAUGGAGGGGUUGAACUUGGACUCGAAGGGUGCGAACAAGCGUUCUUAG